AUGGGUGGAGGUGAUUUGAACCUGAAGAAAAGCUGGCAUCCGGCUACUUUGAAGAAUCAAGAGCGAGUUUGGAAAGAAGAACGCAAGCAUGCAGAGGAACAGCACAAGAUCGAGCAAAUGAAGAAGGAGCUCAUGGAAGAGCGUCAGCUUCAAGAGCUUCAGCGAUUACAAGAAGAGUCAGGACAAAGGAAACGAUCCGAUCGGCUUGACUGGAUGUAUGCAGCUCCCAACCAAGGUGCUGGAGGUGGUAACAAUGCCGAUGAGAUGGAGGAAUACCUGCUUGGCAAGAAGAGUGUGGAUAAUCUUAUUCGAGAUAAGAAUAGCAAGGAAACAGUUGCUUCCUCCGCCGCUGAACGAUUUGCCGUUUCUAAUGCCAAUGCGAACAAUGCACGAGAUAUCCAAUCCAAAAUCAGAGAAGAUCCAUUGCUGAUGAUCAAAAAGCGUGAACAACAAUCGUUGCGUGUCAUUGUCGACAACCCUUUUAUGCUCAAAGAACUCUGGAAUGGAAAAAAGGACAAGAGAAAUAAAAAGAGAAAAUAUGAGCAUGGUCACUCAAGCCAUCCUAGUAUUCGACAUCACGACAAGGACCGCAAGCGAACGUCAAGAGGAUAUCACAAAAGAAUUAGCUAG